UCACACGUUACCUCUAAAGAAAAGAAAAAAAAAACGUCAACAAUGUCAAGUCUUCCUGAAGAGAUCUGCUUCGAUAUUUUUCAAAGGUUACCAGUGAAAUCAACACUUGUCUGUAAGUGUGUUUGCAAGAAUUGGUAUUCCCUAAUCUCUAACCCUAAUUUUGUUAGAGCGCACCAUAGUCUUACAAUCCAGAAAACCAAUUUUAGUAUCAUGAUAUCUGAAUUCGAUGAUAAUAAGUUACACGAUGUAAUCCGCUCCAUAAGCUAUGAUCCUUUAUCUUUUUCUUCGAAUGAAUUUCAUUUGUAUGGUGUGGAAAUUGGUACGCCAUUGGGAUGUUUAGAAGAAGAUAUUCAGUUUGUGGGUUCUUGUAAUGGUUUUGUUUGCUUUUGGAGUCAACAGAAACAAUUCUUUGGUCUUUGGAAUCCCCACAGUAAUGAAUACAAGGAAUUACCCAAAUCUCCAAAUAUAUCUGUGGAUCGAAUUAGGUCUCCAUAUGCUUUUGGUUAUGAUUACAGUGCUGGUUAUUACAAAGUGAUAUGCUUGGAUGACGUUGGCGAUGGUUCUUCAGUUGAUGUUUAUACGAUUGGUCCAAAUUCAUGGAAAAGCACUCAAAUCAUCCCUCACUGGAUGUAUCCGGUGGAAGAGCCUGGAGUGCUUCUUAAUGGAGUUUUUCAUUGGCUAGGUUACAUGACUGACAAUUAUUCUGAUGUUAUAAUCUCUCUGGAUAUCAGCGGUGAGAAAUUCAAAGCAUUGCAACCACCAAAAGUAUCUUUAGAGAAAAGGCAAUGGGGGUUGAGUGCUGGAGUGUUGAAAGACUGCCUUUCUGUACUUUGUUCUGGUGUUAAUGUUGAAGUAUGGGUGAUGCAGGAUUAUGGAGUUCAAGAAUCUUGGACCAGAUAUUAUACUAUAACCCAUGAGGGAAUUCCGAGAGCCUGUACUUUGAAGCUCAUGUGGUCUUUCAGCAGUGGUGAGAUUCUAUUCGCGACCGGUGGUUGUUAUCUUGCAGAUCUGGUUCUGUAUGACCCAAACGAUGGAAGUGCUAGAGAACCAAAUAUGCAUGUAGAGAACCAAAUAUUCCCAUUUCAGAAUGGGAUGAAUGCAAUUGUCUUGAAAGCUUAGUUCCACUUGACUUCAGGUACUUAAGUUGGGGUGAAUGACAGUUAGAGGAAUCAAUUGAGCCUGUGAAGAAAAUCACGAGAAUGUGAUAUUUAGUUAGUAUAUAAUGAAACAAUGAUAAGUGCAAGAAUAACUGAAAACAUGAAUGAGGUAAGAAGUCACAAACCCACAGUUUUACAUUUUGCUUUCCGAAGAUUUUUAUUUCUAUAGGACCUUAGUAUACCAUGAAAUGGGAGUGAAUUUUUUUUAUUUUCUAUCCGGUAUCGAGUAUCUACUCUGGAUCAUCUGAGCAUAUAGAGUUUCAAUGAAGUACGUAACUGUUUUGUCUUUGA